GACGCCACAGUCAACUCCACUGGCAGCAUUCGACUAGCCCGCAUCAGCCGUAAGUGAGGAUGAGACGGAAGAACGUGGGUGUUUGUCACGGUUGUCGAAGUACACAGCACUUCUUCAAUGACUGUCCGGUAAAACGAGGAUGUCCAUGGUGCUCACUGGGAUGGGAGAAAUGCUUUGAAGUUGAAAGGAAGACAGAUAAUCGAGGACGAUUAUUCAAAACGUGCAGUAAUAAUUGUGGAUAUUUCUUUUGGGUCGAGAAUGAAGAAUUCUAUGGUGAAAGUAGUACAAGGACUGAAGCGGUCAUAGAUGAAGUGGGCGAAGAUUUGGCAGCCAUGUUCGAUAGUCUAGCUCAAAUAGCAGAAAAACGAGACGUCGAGAUAACGUUGAAUGUGACUUUCCGCAAGGCAAAGGGAAGUGCGGAAGUGAAUGGAAAGGGAAAGGGCCGAGCUUGAUAAGUAGCAGGAGAAUGUUAUGGCUUGUUUUUGUGUGUGUGUCGGCUGUAGAAUAAA